UUCCCCUUGCCUCGCUGCCCUUCGGGAGGUGUGGUAUAUUUGCUCUCCUUGCGCACGCCGCCCGGACGGGACAUUUGGCGCCGCGGAUUCCGAGGAGAGGACGUCUCUCUUCCAGGACCCGGUGAGCCUGAAGGAGAGCGUGGGGCUUGGGUAAAACUAGUCCCGUCCGCGGGGAAGUUCCGGGGCUAAGCGAGGUCCCUGCGGCCCGUGCCCACGUGUGCCCCGCCUCUUAGCCUCACAUGCUGCCUUUGCUGCGGGGGCAGGCAAGGGACUCGGUAAGACGAGAGAAAUUCUUUCAAGGGUUCCAAGGACCAAGCACUACAACUAUAGGCUGAUCCAAAAGAGCCAAGUCAACCUACAGCAGAUUUAACCAAGUACUAAGAAUUUAAUCGGGCAACUAUGUGGCAUGGUUUUGUAUGCUGAAAUGAACUUCUGAGCAUACAUCAUGAAAGUCCAAAAAGCAGAGCCAAAACAGAAGUUGCUAUACCAACCUAUCUCAUAUGAUGGCCACAACUAUUUCUUUUACUUGUGAAGAUGAAUGCAGAGGAGAAGUUUUUUUCUGAGUGUUCAUUAAGUAAUCCAUGUAGUGAUUAGUUUCCAUCAUGCUUCGUCUGCGUGCUGCUUAUGAAUUCUUCUGGAGAGUGUUUCGACUUGGACCUAAAACUGUCAAUCCUUUACUUACACAAAUAAAUGAAUGUAUAAAUGAAGAACAGAUUUUUGAUAUAGUUGGAAAAAAUAAAACCAAGCUUUCCGAAAAACAUGUGGGAUAUGCAUGUAAAAUACUUUGGCAAUUUCAAAAGGAAAAGCCCGAUUUGAUGAGAAAUAUUCUAUAUGUUAGAGACCAUCCUCAGUUUCUUACUCUUCGUAUUUUAGCUAAGGAUAAAAUUGAAUUAAUGGAUGAUGAUAUCCUGGUGGAUGUAUUGCAUGCUAUGUUAAGGUUUGCUGUUGAGGCCCAUGAUCCUUUAAUUGAGCACCUAGUUAUGGAAGCAUGGAGGAGGAUAGAAAGGUUUGACUUUAAAAUGCUGUCAAAAUUCUCCACCUGUCUAGCGUAUCAACAGAUGCAUUUCAGUCCUUUAAUGGGAAAAAUAGCUGACAUUGUAAACAGGAACCUGGAUUCAAUGCAGGAUUUAAGGACCUUGUCAGUUUUGAUGGUGAAUAUAUCUUCUGUUAUCUCACAAAAUUUUUGUGAACGACUUGUGAACAAAACAGAGCUUCUUUUAGAUACAACAGACCCUCUCCAUUUUAAUUCUUCAAUAAGAAUAAUGCAGUUUCUCCGAAAUAUUCGAUAUAAUUAUCUGCCAUUAUUGGAAAAGUGCAAUCAUAUGUUCAUCAGCAAUACUAAGCAGUUGAAUUUGAAUACCCUCAGUCUUAUUCUUGCACUCUACCAGUCGCUGCAGUUUAAUAAUUUUCCAUUUCAAAUAUUAGCCAGAGAGAAGCUCUCUAAAAUGAUUGCUCUUUACUAUGAUCCUGCUAGCUUUGUAAAAUUAUUUGUUGCAUUGGGACCUUUGGCUGGACCAACGGAAGAAAAAGAGCUUAUGUUAGCUCUCCAAAUGGUGAUGGAUGUAUUGACUAGUCAACAAGCAUUAGCCGUAGUGAUCACAAUGGAAGAAAUGAAUUGCAAAGAUUCACAUCUGAUUGAAAAAAUUGCUUCUAUUUUAUACAAAUACUUGCAUGUCUAUAAACCAGUGGAACUGGCACAGAUAACCAAAUCCUUGAUCCACUUGAAUCUUCAUAAUUCAGAGUUUUUUAUAAUUCUCAGAGAUCUACUACUUAGCCAUUUGAAAAAUAAUGUUAUACCUGGUGAAAUUUCUAUGUUGGUCCAUGUUAUUGCAACACUUCCUUUCCCUCACUUGGAUGAAUUAGGGCUUUCCCGAGUGGAACCCAUUUUACCACAGUGUAGUUUAAGUGAUCUAUGUACUUUGGCAUCAUCUCUUUCAAAAUGGUUUCAAUAUGACCAUUCAUAUUUGGACAAUAUCAAACUACUUCCACAAUUAAGUGCCUAUGCUUAUCGGAGAUUACAAAAAGCUAACAAUUUGAAUGUCUUAUGGGAAGAACUUAAAUAUGUUCACGGAGAAUGGUUUGAAGAAGAACUUCUUGAAGAAACAAUUCUCACCUUGCAACGCUUGGCUGACCAAAUCACAUAUAGAAACAUUACCAACUUGACAACUUUUAUUGUCAAGACUAGCUACCUUAGUCCUCCAAUGCUUGACAAGGUAGCUUCUGUGACAAUUCAACAAAUCAAUAAGAUCCAUCCUUUGGCACUCCAUUCUAUUUUGCUUCCCUUCAGUGUCCUUAACUAUGAUCCGCCCCAAAAGGAUGAAUUCUUUGGAACUUGUAUCCAGCACCUUAACUCACAUUUAAGUCUCUUUGAACCUCAUAUCUUAGUGUUUCUUGGCUUUACAUUGGCCCUUUCUGAGUAUUUUCCAGAAGAUCUAAUAAAGGAAAUAUUUAACAUCAAAUUCCUAGCCAAAUUGGAUUCACAACUUCAAUACUUACCUUCAUUCUUAAAUAUGAGAACUCACAGCCGUCUCAUGGAAUUUAAUAGAGCAGUCUGUUUGGAAUGCCCUGAAUUUGAAAUUCCUUGGUUUCAUCACGAUUAUUGUCAGCAGCAGUACAAUAAAGUAAAUAGCAGCAUCACUGUAAUACAACACAAGAUUUACAAAAUGUUGGGAAAAAUCCUAGGAGGACCCAAUUAUGUAAAGCCAUCAGCUCUUACACCUUAUGGAUACACAGUAGAUUUUGAAUAUAUCUUGGAUAAAAAGAAAAAGCCUCUUCCUUAUAGAAGUCAACUUGAGGUUUUGAAUAAGCUUUCAUGUGUACACUGGGGACCAGAUACUGAUAACAGUAGGUCAGAACUGCCACCAGGAACACAAAGGGUUGCUUUGGAAUUCUUGGAUUCACGAGCAUUUUGUAAAAACAUUUCCCACUUAAAAGGAAGAUCUGCUAUGAAAAAAAGACAUCUGGAAAUUUUGGGCUAUCGUGUGAUUCAGAUCCCUUAUGUGGUCUGGAAUUCUAUGGAAUUAUCAACAAAGAAUGCUCGGAUGGAGUAUUUGAGAGAGCAUCUGUUUGCAGAAGCCAAAUCAUAAUUAGUUUUUAAAUUUAUGAUAUACCUCAUUGUAGACUUAAAUCAUAAUAGCAAAUAUAAACUUAAUUAAAAAACAGCAUUGUGAAAUAUUUAAGACUAAUUUUUAAAAGAAUGUUACUGUGUAACAAACUUAUAGGUCUUCAAAUAGAGAUUUUUAAAAAUUGCAUACCUUUUCCCAUGAAGCACUGUUAAGUUCUUUUGGUAUGAAAGUCAUGUAUCUUUUUGACUUAGUAAUGAAUUGUUAAUUAUACCUGAAUAUAUUUUUUUGAAGAGCAUUGUAAUCAAUCAGGCAGUUUAUUGGUAUCUGAGGAAUCAGAUGCCAGUAGUUUUCUAUUUGCUUCAAAUCAGGGAUCGGGAUUGUACAAGCUUUCUUCUUAGUCUUGCCCAAAUAUAUAUGAUAUUUUGUGAUGUUCAAUUUGCCAAUUAUUAUUGAAUGUCAUAGUAAUUGAAAAUAUUUUAUCAACACUAUUGUUAUAAUUGCAUGUAUUUUACACCUUUUUUUGUAACCAUCCUGGUCAGAAUUUUCAGUUUUAUUUAUAAAGCAAAGAUGUGCUAAAAUAUAACCUUUAAACCAGUUAAUGACUAUAUGAAGAAGCUCAGAGAGAACAAAGUUAAGAGUCAUCAGGCCGAUAUGUCACUAUGCCAUUUUAAUGCCAUUUAAAAUAAUUUUUGCUCUGAUUCUGAUGCAGCCCGUACAAAAAAAAAAAGUCUUAAAAUUACAUAUGUGUUUUUAUCAGAUAGUUACAGUUAAUUUAAUCCAUCACAUUUGUUCCUAAACUGACAUUAGAUUGUUUUUCUUACAUGUGAUCAUUGCCAAGUGCUAGAUACUGAUCUAAGGUAUCAAAUCAGUUAUUUCUGUGUCCUGUAAAGAAAAGGUGUCAAUGUUCUAGCUCAGUGGGGAUCUGAAUUAGCCUAAAGUCAGAAGUAAAAUCAAUAGUAUUUCAGAAAGGAAGCAAUCUAAUUCUAAAAAUAGUCCUAAGGUUUCUGGUGAAAUGGCUCAUGCAGAGAAGUCUAGUCUCUUUAUGAGAGCAAAAUAAGACUGAGUAAUUGAACAAGCAACAAUAGUAAAGGUGUUGAGAGGAUGUGUGUGUGUGGCUGUGGUGAGGAAUGUUCAUACUUUAUACCUGAAGCCUAAGUAACAUGAACACAAUUUCCCCCGGAACUUCCACAAUUUAUGUGAAGAGCUCAAAGAAUAAUUUUUUUUUGUACUGCUUGCCACCUUAUUAUUUCCAAGCAUCCAUGUAUGUAAAAACCCAACAAGGAACACAUCAUUCAUUAGGCUAACAAAUAAAUCAGUUUCCUUAUGGGUACUCUCUCUCUCUCUCCACCAUGAGAUAGUAGCUUAUGGCUUCAGGAUUAAGAGUUCCAGAUUUUGAAUUUUUAAAGAUAAAAUCAUUGAUUAAUAUUGGUAAACCAAAGGAAGUUGGAAAUUGGAAAAGACUGCACAGGCUUGCAAAGAGAAGUAGGGAAAAAAAAGAAAACUUACACCUAACUAUUUUACUUCAACUUUUUCCCUUAAGUGAUGAAAAGAGCCUUUACUACACUCUUAAAUAUUUCUGAAAUAUCACAUUAUCAUCUUUAUUAUUAUGAAGCACAAUAUUAAAAUUUCAUUAUUUUGAUGUAUUAAAAUUGGUAGUAAUUUUUGACUUGAUAUGGGAGAAAUAGAGGGGUUUGGUUUGUUAAAAAAAAAAAAAAAAAAAAAAA